AUGACAGUGAUCAACGAGCCCAUCCUGCAAGUACGAAAGUACAGCUCGUUCUCCAGACUGCUCCGGGUUCCGUCAUGGGUGCUACGGUUUGUCCACAACAGCAGGAGCCCUUCCAUCAAGGACAGGGGUAUGCCAAGUUCAGAAGAGAUUAAUGCGGCAGAGCACUAUUGGAUUCGAAAUGCUCAGCGUGAGUCUUUUGGAUUGCAGCCUACCACCCAAACUUCUCUUCGGAACGUCUCCUUGUUUCGCGACGACGAAGGGAUCCUCCACAUGCAAGGACGUCUCCAGUACGGUGUCUUUCCUCAUGCAGUCAAGCAUCCUAUAGUCUUGCCCUCGGACCACCCUGUCACAGCCAUGAUUAUCAGGCAGACUCACUUACGACCACCCUAUGGAGAGAGCAAUGUUUCAAGAAAGUGUUACAUCCUCAUCUUCACUUACGCCGUAACUAGGGCAGUUCAUUUAGAGCUCACAGAAUCUAUUACUGCCGAAGACUUUUUGAAGGCCUUCGAGAGAUUUGUAUCGAGACGAGGUGUGCCAGGAACAGUAUACUCUGAUAAUUUCCGCACCUUCAAGAGUGUGUCCCGUGAACUUUCCGUUGGCCAGCUGUCGCAGGAUCCAGAUGUGAAGGGGUUCCUUACGGUACAUCGGAUCAGCUGGAAGAUUAUCGUUGUGCGCGCUGCCUUGUGGGGAGGCUUUUGGGAACGCCUAAUAAAAAGCGCCAAGGUGUGUCUACGGAAGAUACUGGGCAAAAGCACCCUAACAUACAGUGAGCUUGCCACUGCUGUCACGGAGGUGGAAGCCGUUCUGAACUCACGGCCCUUGACUUAUGUUUCCGAGGAUCCAGACGAUCUCUCCGUGCUCACGCCUGGUCACUUCCUGGUUGGUAAACGUAUUACAGCCUUUCCCUACGAGCCUGCAGUCGAGUUGCGUUCGACGUCAAACCAGCUGAGGCGAGUAUGUAAGUACCGCGAGCGCUUGAUGGAGUCGUUUUGGACUAGAUGGACCAAGGAGUAUAUCCUGUACCUGAGAUACACGAACAUACGCAGGCCACUUUCAUCGUGCAGCGUCAAGACAGGAGACAUCGUUCUCAUAGCCAAGGAGAAUGCGCCUCGGGUGUCUUGGCCCCUUGGCCGCGUUGAAAGUACAAGAGAGAGCGCCGAUGGCCGCAUCCGAUCUUGUCAGGUCAGGAUAUCGGGGGGCAAAGUUGUCUGUAGACCAAUUCAACUGCUACACAAGUUAGUGGCAGACGAAGAUUAA